CAACAUAGCGCGCUGACGCUCAUCUGUGUACGUAACGUGUUGUGGUUGUGUGUGUCGAAACUUUUGUAGUGUAAGGUUUGGGGAUUGAUAACAAUACUUAUAGGCCCCGCUAUGACGUAACACAAUGCUUUGGUGGGUCUUUGUAAUGGCAGUUUUGGGUGAGCUAUCUUGUAACUCUCAGUCAGGUCAUGACGACACCAACAUUGAGUCGCUACUACAGAUGUUGUUCUACGAGUCGACGUUUUCCCCCGCUCCUGCGGUCUCUACCACACCCAGGGUGUUGCCGUACUUCGAGACAACCUCCCUGUCCACCAACCUCACAGCUCAGCUUGGAGACCCGGUCGUGUUCCACUGCAAAGUCAACGACCUCGUGGACGACGCAUCGGUGUCGUGGCUUCGUCGGCAGGACGGUCAGCUGCUUCUGCUCUCGGUCGGAGUCGAGGUGUACAGCAAGGACACGAGGAUAGCCGCCCACCUCACCCCGCCCAAUGACUGGCAGCUGCGACUAGCCGCUGCCCAGCAGGGUGACCAGGGCGGCUACGAAUGUCAGGUCUCGUCUCACCCGCCCAUCGUCCAGACAGUCCAUCUACAUGUCAUAGUUCCUGAGCUGGUGAUUGCUGACGAGAGGGGGUUGCCCAUCAGGAACAAAUUCUACAACGCAGGCAGCACAAUAGAGCUGAAGUGCAUCAUUAGUAGAGUACCACACCCGUCCAGUGCCAUCACCUGGAGACAUGGCACUAGGACAAUCGCGUCGGACACUUCUAGAAGAGGCAUUAGUGUCAAGACUGAGGAGGAUGCAGAGGGCGCCACUAGUCGUCUGUUCAUCGCCAACGCCAGGACAGUAGACUCCGGGGACUACAGCUGUUCUCUCGGUAGUCUAGUCUCCACCUCAGUGGCGGUGCACGUUCUCAAUGGAGAGACACCAGCGGCGAUGCAGCACGGGGGAGGUUCAGUGGCAUUCCCCUGCCAUUGCUUCUACAUGCUUCUCAUCAUCAUAAACCUCUUGAGCUCAAGAUAACAUUGAAUCUGGCUGUGUUUGUUCAAGAUUUAUGUAUAACAACCGAUACUUGUAUAAACUAUUUUUCCUAAGAUGUAGCUGAAUGUAGAUUUUUGUACUCUCACACUUGGGUUAUUUCACAUUGUAAAGCUUUUAUUAGCCGUUUUCGUUUUGAAUAGAUGGAUUAACGUUUUCUCUGUACUUUCGUAUAAA